AUUUGAUUAUGGUUUAGCAUAUAGGUAACUACAAAAGUGAACAAAUGUCAAAAAACAAUAUGCUUCUUAAAAUGUCAUAAUUACACUUGACGUGAUAUUCCACUAAAAAAAUAUGGAAAGUUUCUUACGGUGUUAUUUGGAUUGCUUCAAUAAAUUACCUCGAAAUAGCCUACAUGAUAGGAGAAAAAGGCAGCAUGUAGUUGAUUAUAUUAGUACUUUGAUUGAAGGGUGUUCUAAAGUUGAGAAAGACUCGGACGAAAGUGCAAUUGAAGCUAUUAAAACCAUAUUAAAAUAUCACCAAGAAAAUAAAGACGAUAAUGGUAAGGUAACUAUGUUACUAGAUGAAAUAUACAAAUGCGAGAAAACAUUCGAAAGAAUCUUAAUCGGAGCAAUUUUUGGUAACAAAGCCCCCCAUUACAUUGCUGGUUGGAAGAGUGAUUUUGAUAGCGAAGAAGAAAACAUAAGAGCAGUUGUUUACUUUUUAGAUAAGGCCAAUCGUGCUCAAUUCAAUCUAUUUUUAGAUUUUAAUCCUAAGGAAGAAAGUUUUAGAUUUAUUGAUUUACCAAUCGAGAGCUGUGGAAAAGCUUCACCGUUAAAAGUAAGUUUUAAAAUAUAUAUUCUGCAUAAACAUUUGCCUUCAACUUGGUCUACCAGAUAUAAACUAUUAAUAUUUCUUAGAUUUGGAGCAAAAGUAUAUACCCAAAAUGAAGAUAUUACAUUGUUCGAACAUAUUUUAAAUCGUCUCCUUGAAUUCAACCAUGUUUAUCCGUAUAAUCUAGUAGCAUGUUUACAACUGCUGCUUAGAGCUGUAACAAGAAUAAAAAUUGAUAAACCUAAUGAUAUUUCACAGGAAAGUUAUCAGUUAUUACUGGAGAAGAUGUACGAAAGGUACUUUGAUUUAAUUCAAGAUGGUUUGAUACCUCCAGAAAGAUGUGGUAUUAGUCCUCCCCAACUAAAGCAUAUUUGUAGGUGUGUUAUCAGAGACAGACUUUGGGAAAACUACCAACUUCCUGAUGGAAUACGAAGUUUACCCGUUCCCGAACAAUUGUGGAGAUAUUUGGAUCUACUGGAGGAUUAAUCAUUGCUAUUAUUAUAAUUUGUUAUAUAGAAAAAAAUAUACAUUUUUAAGUAUUGUUAAUUUU